GUCUGUGGCGAGCGCGCGCGGACGUACACAUGGCAACACGGGGGCGCGCGAUGGCUCUGGCUUUGUUUUCAUUCAUUUUCCUCCAGAUUUUUCCUUCGUCUUACCAACAGGCUCCUGCGUUCGUCGACAAGAGUUCAGAUGACUCCACAUCCCAAGACCACAGAGUAAGAGAAAAUGGAGUGGCUGGCGAGAGCCGGGGUGGCUCAUAUGGGGACGGCUCAUUGUUCACGGCGGAGAAGCUGCUCAGACAGGCGCUGCAGCCUCAUGACUGGCGGCCACAGUCUCCUCCUCGGAGCAGGCGAAAGUUGCUGCAGUCGGCAGGAAUCAUGCCCUACUCUCCUCUGAAUGUAGCUUACAAUGGCAAAACCUGCAUUCUCUUUAGGGCCAGGAAGCUGGCCAUCAGAUACAGAAACCACACUUUAGUAGACCUGACCGAGAGGGCUUUUGGCCCUGACGCACUGGUGGACACCAAAGGAUCAUUCUGCAGCAAAGAUAAAGCCACACUCAACCUACGUUUUGGAGAUGUGGAGGACCUCAGAGGCCUGUCCAUCAGACUGCAGAUGUCCAACACUUUCUACGAGUCAGCAGGACAGAACUGGUUCACUCUGGACAGUGUUCACAUCCACUACAACUGGACGCACGAGGCCACGUUCAAUGCGACUGACGUUUAUGCUCCGUCCACCAACUCCUAUCACUGCCAACAUGUCAGCAGCCUCCAGAAAUACGACACGCUGCUGGUGCCCAGCUCCAACACUGACAACUCAGCAAACUGGCAUAUAACAUUCACUGAUUUCCAGAUCCAAGCUUUCAACGUGCAGUCCAGCAAGUUUGCCUCAGCCAGCGACUGCGCCACUUUCUUCACCCCGGCCAUCCUCAUGGGCCUCAUCACCUCCCUCAUCCUGCUGCUCGUCCUGGCCUACGCCCUGCACAUGGUGGUGCACCUGAAGCACAUCGACCGUUACGAAGAACACAAGACCACUGUGUACUUUCCUCGCAAUACGGAAGUCGAAUGCACAGAGAAGAACAACCUGUAGACCUCCAGGAUCCUCCUGAGGACCUCCAAGCAGAGAGAGGGACAGUUUGGCUCUGAAGUCCGUUCAGUGAAAGCCGACGGCAGGCUGGAAGCACUUCCUUCAGAGCUUUUCGGCUCUGACUGCGCUACUACACUCGCAGGAUUGUGGUGGGACAGUGAGAGUCCAAAGCUGAUUCCUGUGGGAUUUUCAAGCUCUGCUG